AUGGAAAUUUGUUCGAUUUUUCAAAAUAGAAAGUCCCUAAAAUCAACCCCGGUUCUCUUUCUGCAAACGUGCUAUCUUCUUGGAACGAUCAAAGCCAUUGGUGUCUGUUUACCUGACAUGGAACGGAAUUUAAAUCUUAACCGAACCAGUGCUGGACUGGCACUUGGGUUAUUUGAUGCCUUAGCAUUCGGCCCCGGCCCAGCUGUGACAUACCUGUACCAGCGACUCAAUGGAAACCAACGAAGAUACCUGGUGAUGGCAGGUGCAAUCCUGGCAGCAGGAGGACUCCUUCUUGUAUCAACGGUUACCAAUGGCGUUGAGCUAGCUCUCUGCCUUUCAAUUGCAGGAAUGGGUUCAAACAUCAUUUCCAUUAGUAUGGUGAUAACCUUGAGUAGCCAGUCUGGCGAUGCCUUUGGAGUCUUCUACGGCAUUGGCAAAUCAGGAUAUGCCUUCGGAAUGGCCCUCGUGCCACUACUUGCUGAUUACCUGAUGGGUAUCUACGGCUGGAGAGGGUCCUUACUGAUCAUGGGAGGCAUCAUGGCACAUCUGAUACCUUUGGCUUUGAUGGUGGACUUCGAGGAAGUGGAGGACGAAAUGGUUGGUCAUAGAAUCCCACAUAGCCCUGAUCGGAUGACGGAAGAGCUCUUGGAUACGAUCGACGAGGAAUCAACGUGUGGGGUUUCAAGUAAGCAGACAGUAUCGCUUCAUCAGUUGGGCAAGUCUGCACCAGUAAGAUCCAUUCACACCAACGUUAGGUCAAGCUCUGCUAACAUUCGAGAUGAAAGUACAACAAGCAACGCGCAGGAAGAUAUCAACGAAGAGACACACGGGGAAACAUCUUUGAUGCUAGAAUCCCCUUCGCGGCGACACAUUAAGAAAACGGGUGAUAAGCCGUGGUCAGGUUUACCCAUCAUCGGCCGAACAGACUGUUCCAAACUGUACGUCGAUGGUUGCCAAAUCUUUACCAACUCCAUUUACAAUCAGGAUCGUUGGAUGAUCCUUCUUAUGCUAGUUACUCUGGUAUUCGCUACAAUGAACGGUGGUUGGUACUCCUUUCUCAUCCCACGCGCGGUCGCUCUUGGCGUCCCUACUUCCAAGGCUUUGUGUGUCGCUUACGCAGCAGCAACUGCUGCUUUUAUCGGACGCUGCUUCAGCGGGGUGAUUCUGAAGUAUAUACCCAUACCAGGGCAGUCCUCGUUUCUUUUCCUGACUUUCCUCAAUAUAGCGUCACUUCUUGUGGACAUUUCUGUCUCUAAUUUUGCGAUAAAGAUCGUGACUUCGUUUGUUACGUCACUGACGAUUGCCGAGCGGAACAUCCUGGUAUUGGUCAUUUGCAAGGACCGAGCCCCUCUCUCCGAGUUUCCGGUCAUACUGGCGUCUUCCGAAAUUGCGUUUGGUGUUGGAGCCUUUCUGGGAUCUUCCUUAACUGGUUACGUGGCAGACGCAACAGGCUCUUUCAACGCUUCAUUUAUGUUCAUCGCAGCGGUCGAUACGAUGGUUUUCUUACUCUUCAUCCCGUUGAUAAUCGCAGACAGAUAAGCAUGGUAUAACGGCCUAAGUAUUUAAAAAUAUUUAUCUAAAUAAAUAGAGUAAAAUUCACAGAGCAAAAUGCAGAAAAUUUCAUCAAAAUCGGAUAACAAAUUACGAAGUUAUUGAAGUUUAAACAUUAUCACUAUUUUGGUGAAAACAUUAAUAUGCACAUCGUCAUGAAUAUUCAUUAGAUGUGCUGAUGAUGUCACAUCCCCACUUCCCUAUUUCUUAUGUUAU